AUGACCGAGAAGGACAGAGAGAAUUUUGAUGGCCUUGCGCUGGAUGCCUUGGAUGACGCCUGCACUUUGGCUUCAGUGUGCCUAGAAGGGCGUCCUUCUGCCGAAAUCAAGAACGAUGUGACGGAGUGGUGGGACAAUGUGGGUGCUGACCUGCUGUUGGGUCCUCGUGACAUGAAUGAGGAUGAGGAGAGCGAUGGAGAAGAUGUUGAAGAUGGCCCUGAGCCUGUUGCGAAUGAGAAAGAUCCGGACACCGUGAGUGAAUCCUUUCAAAUGGUUGAGACAGACAUGCACCUCACCCGUGCCCUCAUCAAAGCCAACGGCGAUUUGGAGCAUGCAACUGACGCCGUUGAGGUUCCAGACUCAGAGCUUCCCCCAGGCCCAGCAGGUGAUUCAGAUUCGGAAGUAGAUGAGCCUAUGCAGAAGGAAUCUAGAGUUGAUGCAGAGGUUACAACUCUGAGACACAUCCUUCAGAAGAGUGGCUUCUCUACCUUCAUGCCUCCCGCAAAGGAUUCUGAACAGAACGUCUUCAAGCGCGUGAGCAAGCUGAGGCCUUACCUGCAUGCGUUUGCGUGCAUGGUCCGGGUUGAGGAGAAAAUCCUCAGCAAGGCCAAGGUAAUUGGGAAGUUGAAGCCUAUGCCUCCUCAGCAGCAGUACGAACAUGACUUAGCCAACGCACGUGCAGAGUUUCACUGCAGUGCAUCUCGGCAAUCCCGCCACAGCUUGUGGUGUGAUUUCAGCAGCAGGGUGAUUCAGGCAGCCAAGACGGCAGAGGAGCAAGACGAAGAUGGAUUGCCUCACCCAGUGAAAGAGAUUAAGUACCUGAUGCCAAGUAGCAGCAAAAAUGAAGCAGGCCACAGACAGUGCCAGAUUGUGGUUAUCAGACCUUCCCUGGCAGCAGGCAUGGUGACUCAUGCAUUUCGAGGCGGCAAAUCCCAGAAAUCAAGUUCCAAGCAAUUCUUGUGGGGCGACGGCGCUUUGCCCAUUGCAAAUUGCACGACAGUGCACUGCAAGUUGCUGGUGCCACAGGAGACUGCUGACAAGGGUUGGGAGCUGUGCGUAGCCAGUGCCCUGACACCCACCAUGUGCCUGGAUCCACACAGCGGAGCUUUGUUGAUGGAAGUGUCGCCUGGGUUUUUCAAGACCAAGUACGGACCAGACUACGUCCGUGUCUUGAUUUCCCACGAGGCUAUCAGGGCUGUCUCCCGUGUGAUGAAAGCGAACUUGGCCUUUGAUAGCAGCAAGAAGGCUCAGGCACAGACCAACACCAAAACAUAUUUUGGUGAAGAGGAUUUCACCAGGAGCAGCUCAGGACUCAAGAACAUUGUGAAAGUCUUGAACCAGAUGAAAGAAGAUUACACCACCCAUUGCGGGUCCUUGUUUGGCAAGAACGGCUUCCUCAAGCUUCGCAGUGACAUCACAGAGGUCACAUGGGAGCAAAUUCAGGCUCGCAUUGGCUCAUAUUUUCGCCGCUACGUCAAGGGCCAUGAUCACUGGAAGAAGUUGACUCCAGAAUAUCAGGCCGCUGGAGUGGAGGUCUUUGAGGAUCCUCCAUUAGUCCAGAGCUCGUUGGACACCGACCACAGACGCACGAGCCGCGCGUUCGAGAACGCGGUGGCGUUGCAAAACUUGUUCUCCCAACGUUUGACGCCCUGCUGCACCGGGUGUUUGACCCCGCUGGGCAGCUUCGAAGAGCACCUGCAGCAGAUCCUCCGCAACGCCCAGCCGUUCGAGCGCGAGGAGGCGCAAACGUGCACGCUGCUUUCUUCAACGAGUGCCCUGGCAGCGGAUCAGCUGGCGUGGAUUUGGUGCCGGAAGUGGCCGGCAGGAGGCUCGCUCCGCGGCCCCGCGGGGGCACCGUGCAGCCGGUCCUCGGCCGGUCCGAUGCCCAACGGCGGAGGUUUCGAUUGGAUCAACCCCCCACGCCCCGAGGCCUUCAUGGAGGCUUGA